AUGCCUCGCUGCAGCCUGCACGCGGCGGCCGUGCUCCUGCUCGUGGUCUUAAAGGAACAGCCUUCCAGCCCAGCUCCGCUCAACGGAUCCAAGUGGACCUAUAUAGGUCCUGACGGGGAGAAGAGCUGGUCCAAGACCUACCCUUCCUGUGGGGGCCUGCUGCAGUCCCCGAUAGACCUGCACGAUGACAUCCUGCGCUACAAUGCCAGCCUCAGGCCCCUGGCCUUCCAAGGCUACAACCAGUCUGCCAGUCCGCAAUUUGUCCUCACCAACAAUGGCCACUCAGUGAAGGUGAAACUGCCCAAGGACAUGCAGCUCCGGGGCCUCGGGGCCCGCUACAAUGCCUCGCAGCUGCACCUGCACUGGGGGGACAAGGAUGACCCUCACGGCUCUGAGCACACUGUCAGUGGGAAGCACUUUGCCGCCGAGCUGCAUAUUGUCUAUUACAACUCCGACCGGUACCCCAAUGACAGCAUCGCCAAGGACAAGCCAGAAGGCCUCGCGGUCGUAGCUGUUCUCAUAGAGGUGGGCUCCUCCAAUCCAGCAUAUGACAAGAUCUUCGAUCACCUCACAGCUGUAAAGUACAAAGACCAAGAAGUGUUCAUUCCGGGUUUCAGCAUAGAAGAGCUGCUGCCGGAGAGGCCUGAAGAGUACUACCGCUACAGAGGGUCCCUGACUACACCUCCCUGCUACCCCACUGUGCUCUGGACGGUGUUCCGGAACCCUGUGCAAAUUUCCCAGGAGCAGCUGAUGAAGUUGGAGACAGACCUGUACUGCACACACAUGGAUGACCCGUCCCCCAGAGAGAUGGUCAAAAACUUUCGGCGGGUCCAGAAGUUUGAUGAGAGGCUGGUGUACGUCUCCUUCCAACAAGGCAUCGUCCUUUCCGUGGCCUUGGCUUGUGGUCUUGGCAUCUGUAUUGUCCUGGCAGUAUCCAUUUGGCUUUUCAGAAGGAGAAAGAGCAAUAAAGGUGCCAACAAAGGAGUCAUCUACAAACCAGCCAUCAAGCAGGAGACUGAGGCCCAUGCCUGA